AUGAUUUUGGUAGCUGUAGUUGUUGUGGUAGGCAUAAGUCUGGAACUUGCAGUAUCGAUCGUAUCAGGGCAUCUACCAUCCAAUUUACGCAGUCAAAGUGACAUCUCGGUAGUUGUCGGUGUUAAAGCCUCUAAUGUUACCAACUAUGCCUAUGCUAAGAGUAUUCCGCGAAAUUUGUCACUUUCCACAUAUUUUAUAGCGGACAAUCGGGGGAACCAGGCCGGUGUCAUUGAAAGUCACAUGUCUAGCUCGGUCGACCGGAAUAAAGUCUUGGAUUCAGUUUUUCCAGAAGAGCUGUUGGAGUCUCCAAUAACGACGAAAAUUAACAAAACCGAAUCCAAAGUGACGCAUGUGCUUCCUGCUCCACCACCUCAUCGCAGUCGAGAGGAUAUCACCAUCAAUACACAGUCGACGAAUUCCCAAAAUCGCCAAGGUAGUAGAAAUGAAUUCUUUGCCAGUAAAGCAAACGUACGAGAUCCCACGGGCUCAAAAUUUUCUCAAAUAAAUUCAUAUUCCAGUCAACCAACGAACUAUCCUACCAAACAUCAAUUCUCUCAAAAUCCGAACACGAAUCAUCAAGUUGACAAUUCAAGGUUUGGUGAAUCCCGAAUUGGACAGCGGAAUCAGCUGCAAGGGCAUCAGCCUUUACAAAAUCCUAUCCAGCAACCACAAGGGGCUCCACGGUACUCUUCCUCAUUUCAAAAGACACAAGGCAAUGCGAAUCAGCAACAGGAAAAUCAACAGUAUUCAGCUUCUGAAACCAAUUAUCAGAACCAGUCGCCUAGGCAGUCAACAAUUGAACAACACUCACCUUACCGACCACCAUCAGCCCAAUCGAAUCUUCAGUCAGUACCACCAGAAACCCAACAGUCUUCUCAGUACCAACCGUCGAUGAAUCCCCUAAUUAAUCCUCAAUAUCGCCAACAAAAUUUCCCACAACAGACUACUUUUCAGCAAUCACAUAAUCAAGGUCCUUUACAAACCAGCACACAUCUCAACCAACAGUCGCAAUCAUUAGGUCAGCAAAUUCAAAAUUACCCACAGCCUAUGAUGCAGCCACUUGCUGGGCAAGAAGGUAAUCAGCAGGCUUCAAUGUACCAACAGACACCGAAUCAGUUUCCACAUCUUAAUGGUCAGCAAAUGCAACAACAUCAGCAAGAUAUGACUCAACCACAGGGUUCUAUAUAUCCGACAAUGCCCAUAGAAGGAAAUUAUCAGGGCCAACCAACGGUACAAGAGAAUCAGUCCUACCAACAUCCGAUGCAAGCUUCUCCACAAACCGAUCUUCAGCAACAACAUCAACCGCAGCCACCGGUUCCCUACAAUCACCCAAUGUCCGCUGGACAUCCAACUCAGUAUAUAGGUCAAUCACCAUCAAUUUACCAGGGCCAAGCAGCAGCAGCCCAGCUAGGGAUUGACCAAACUCCACCACAAGUAGAUCAAGCCCCUUAUUUGGCACCUGGAUCAGAACAACUACCACAAAUGGUACAGCAGUAUCCGAUGGAGCAAGGUAUGCAGCAGUACUUGGAUCCUUAUCAGAUUGAUCAGAGUUUCCAACAGCAAAUGACUCAUGGAAAUAGUUUAACACAGCAGCAGAGUCAGUCUGGACUCGACAAGUUUAUCAACUCUCACCCAAGGCAGGACAUGCCACUGAUGGACGUACCGGCACCGCUUCAAAAUGAACAGGGAGAAAUUUUUCUACAAAUCAAUCCCAAAAGUCAGUCGAAUAAUGUGUUACUUUUCAACGAUAAAAUAAGUCAAGGACAUCCACCUGCUUCAGUUAAUGGUGAGCUAGAAGUCCCUAUUCCAAGAUUCCCCAAACAGCCCGGUUUGUACCCAGUAGACGUUGGUCCUCCACUUUCAGAUUCCACCAAUGGAAUACCUUCAACUAUCAACGGAGCUGAUAUUUACCCACUAAAAUCUGUCCAGAAAAGCAUGCUAUCAUUUCCUUUACCACCAUCUUCCAAUCCUGAACAGCAAUCAAUCUUAUUUGUUAAUCAACUGAAUCAAAACAGAACCCCUUCACUGGGAAAAUCUUCGAGUCUAAAUGGACAGCAAACACGCGAUUUCAAGGCAUCGUUUCUGAAAACAUCACAACAGCCAGUUCAACUAGAUCAAUUCCCACCAGUUCAACUGAACGAACAACAGCAAUCAUUACAACUAAACCAACAACCACCAGUUCAAACUAAUCAACAACAACAACCACCAUCACCACCAGUUCAACUAAACCAACAAUCACCAAUGCAACUAAACCAACAACCAGCACAAGUAAAUCAACAACACCAACAACAGUCAGUUCAACUAAACAAACCACAUCUUGUUCAACUUAACCAACAACCAUCAGUUCAACCAAGCCAACAACCACAACUACAUGAACAAACAUCAAUUCAACUUAACCAAAAACAGCCAGUUCAACAAAACCAACACCAACACCAACGACCAGUUCAACUAAACCAACAACAACAACCACUUCAGUUAAACCAACAACAACAACCACCAGUUCAACUAAACAAACAACUACCGGUUCAACUUAACCAGCAACGCCCACCAGUUCAGUUUAACCAACAACAACCACCAGUUGAACUAAACCAACAACAACAACCAGUUCAACUCAACCAACAACAACAACAGCCACCUGUUGAACUAAACAAUCAACAACCAACUGUUGAACUUAACAAUCAACAACCAUCUGUUGAACUAAACAAUCAACAACCAACUGUUGAACUUAACAAACAACAACCAUCUGUUGAACUAAACAAUCAACAACCACCUGUUGAACUAAACAAACUACAGCCACCCGUUGAACUAAACAAUCAACAACCAACUGUUGAACUUAACAAUCAACAACCACCAACUGUUGCACUAAACCAACAACAACAAACAGUUGAACUACAAAAACAACAACCACCUGUUGAACUAAACAAUCAACAACCACCUGUUGAACUAAACAAUCAACCACCACCUGUGAACUAA